GAUACAGUAACAGCCCGGUGAUUCUCCGUCGCAUUCCCCCAUUUCUCUUUCGCGGUAGAUCUCAAGCUGCCUCAACCCCUUCCUCUCGCUCUCCCUCUCUCUCUUUCUCCUUGAGGCAACCUGCAUUUUCACCAAAAAAAAAAAAAGUAAAAAAAAAGAAAGAGAGAUGGGGUUGGGGUUGGAAGCAUCAGGCUCAGCAUAGGAGUGGCACCACGCAAUUUGUUGGAAUCCCCAACCCAACGAAGAUGAUGAAUAGGAAUUUAAGGGACUCUCUGGUGAGCGGCGGCUGGAAUAUUAAUAACAAAGUUCCGGCGGCCUCCCAUCAUCACCGCCGUGGUCAAAGUUUGAAUGGUGGGUUUUUUCACAGGGAUUCAGACGAGAAUUUGGAUCUCUUCUCCAAAAACCGCCGUAGCCUCUCCGUCGCUUCCUCCGAUGAAUCCUCCGAUGUAUCAAUAAAACUGGGAAGACUAUCACUUGGAUCAGCAAAAGUGGGAAAGGUUGGGCUUGAUGAUCUACUUUCCUCUGCAGAUGGAGGAAAGCAUGACUAUGACUGGCUUCUGACUCCACCUGGAACUCCGCUUUUUCCUUCAUCUGAGGGAUCCAAAUCUCAGUCAACUUCCCUAGCUCCACGAAGCAAUACCAAAGUUAGAUCAGUUUCAACCACAAAGGCUUCAAGGCUUUCAGUUUCACAAUCUGAAAGCAAUCAUUCCUCAAGAUCCACUAGAAGCAGUUCAGUAACUCGGCCUUCUGUCUCUUCUUCGUAUAGUACCUUUUCCACAAACAGGGGCACUUCAAUUCUCAAUACAAGCUCAGCUUCUGUGUCAUCUUAUACUAGACCAUCCUCUCCUAAUACCCGCUUACCAUCAACUGCAAGACCUUCUACCCCGUCUGCCCGCCCCACAUCAUCACGACCCUCAACUCCUUCAAAAGUCUCUUCAUCUCUCACCAGCUCUUAUAUUGACAAGAGUCGACCAUCACAAAGUUCAAGGACAUCUACUCCAACUUCUAGACCACAAAUCCCUGGAAGCUUGAACUCAACAGCUGUUCGAUCAAAUUCUCGUCCAUCGACUCCCACACGUCGGAAUCCAAUGCCUUCUCUAUCUUCAGCAGCUGGUGUUUCGCCUUCUGCUGGGCACAUUAUUUCAAAUGCUCGCAGUGCAGCUCCUUCCUCCCGACCAAACUCCCCCGGUCCACGAGUCCGGCCCCAACAACAGCCAAUUGUGCCCCCUGAUUUUCCUCUUGACACACCACCAAACCUUAGAACAACUUUGCCAGAUAGGCCUAUCUCUGCCGGUAGGUCUAGGCCUGGUGCUUCUGUCAACGUGAAGGCAAACCAGGAUACUAGUAGUUCUGUAAAUAUUCCAAGAAGACAUUCAUCCCCAAUUGUCACAAGGGGAAGACUUUCUGAACCUCCUGGUAGGACUCGUGUCCAUUCCAAUGGGCAUGCAUCUGACAUUCAUGAGUCUCGAAAGACAUCACAUGUCUCAGAUUUAGCUAUGCGGAAACCUGUAAAGUCUUCAACAACCACUGCAGAUAGCACGGGAUUUGGGAGGACUAUCUCAAAAAAAUCACUGGAUAUGGCUAUUAGGCAUAUGGACAUAAGAAAUGGCACAGGGAGCAUUCGUUCCCUUUCUGGCACAACCCUUUUCCCUCAGAGCAUCCGAUCUGCCACUUCCAAAACCCAACCUCUUCGUUCCUUAAGUGCGUCAAACUCUGUCAAUAGCAAUGGAAGCCCUGGUAGCUUGAAAAAUGGAGACUUCUCUGAGAAUGGAAAUAGUCUUAGCAGAUCUGCUUUGAACGGAUGUGAUUUCCAUGAUGGGAGAUACUCUGCCAAAUUAAGUGAGGUGGACAUCUAUGAGAGCUCUCGUUAUGAUUCAAUAUUGCUAAAGGAGGACUUGAAGAGUACGAACUGGCUGCAUAGUAUUGAUGAUAAAUCUGAUCAAGGAUCCAUCUUUGAUCAUGGAUUUGAGCCUCUGCCCGAACCUUUUGGGCUUUUAUAACAUCUAAGAAGUGGGUUUUUUCAUCUUUAUAAUUCAUAUUUAUUCUUUUUCCUUUUAUAAUUUGUUGCCUUAUAAUUAUUUGGUUGCUUUGAAAGAAUGUAAUCUGGCAGCUUUUACCACUGAAUUAAAUGAGUGAGUGAAUAAGGCAGUGAGAAUGUGUUUCUGCAAAAGAAAUUUUGAUAUACUAAUUGGUCUUAAAGUAUUCAUCUGUGGGCCUGUAAAGAUUGAAGCAGAUUUUUGGCAGUGUGCCGGUGCCCAACUUCUUCUCAUCCAGGGUAUUAGGUGCCUUACAUGGCUAAAGUUCUUCAAUGGUAAUAAACACGGGAAAAUUUCGUUUGCUAAAAGCCAACCAUGAUGAGCUUAUUUAACUUGUAGGGUCAUGAUUUCAGACUAUAUGGUCCUCGUCGACUAACAGUGUUCAUGCUUCUCAGCCCAUGGGGUGGAGGAGCCACACUGGGCCAUCAUUCUAUUCUGGCCCAGGCAACACAACAGUUGAAUGCAUUUUAGUAAAGAUGAACAGGGGAGCUGUGAACCAAAAGGAGUUAGGGGUUUUUUUCU